AUGUUCUUUACUCAAGUCCUUAGAAACUCGGCCGUCAGUGCCACUAAGCAAGCUGCAAAGCAAAUCUCAAAGUCAAGUGCUGGUGAGCAAUGGGGUCUUUUGGAGGCCAGGAGAUUGAGUAGAGGUGCUGUUGAAUGGGCCGUCAGUCUAUCUUUGAUCCUUGCAUGGCCAGCAGCUAUCAUCAAAUUCUCUGAACACAACAGGUGGUUGAAAGCUAGAGAAGAAUAUAGUUAG